AUGGCCAUGUUGAUCUCGUUGAUGGUCCUCGUAACAACACCACUGGUCUCUGCAUGCAACGACUGCAAUCAGCAGGCCUCGUCACCCACCACAUUCAGCAGCCCUCGUCAUCACAGUACUACCAGCAGGAGACCACGAAGAGAUCCACCACCUGUGGUAAUCCCGCCUCCAGUGGUGGUUUAUCCGCCGUACAAUGGUGGGAGUGGGAUCAACGCUCCACCCUCAACGCCAUCUGAUCAAAAGUGCUCCAUUGAUCUCUUGAAAAUAGGAUUGUGCAUAGAUGUGUUAGGGUUGGUGCAUAUUGGGUUGGGGAACCCGGUGGAGAACGUUUGCUGCCCGGUGCUUCAAGGUUUGCUGGAACUUGAGGCUGCUGCAUGCCUUUGCACUGCAAUAAGGCUCAAGGUUCUUAACCUCAAUAUCUACAUUCCUUUGGCUCUCCAGGUUCUCAUUACUUGCGGCAAAGACCCACCCGCUGGUUAUCUUUGCCCUACUCUCUAG